AUGGAGUUGGGAACAAGCCCUUGGACUAAAAAGUUACCGAAGCUGGCUCGACCGAAAAUGGCCUAUGCUGCACCUGAAUGCCUGGCGGCCGUGUUUGCCUCAGUGCCGAACUCCAUUCUGACGAACGUCAUUGGCCACCGUAUGCACACGCACACUCCUUUGAAUGCCCAUCGACGUGGCAGCCCACCACAACAGAGCCAAAAUCACAAACAUUUAGAGCAAUCGGUCGCAGCAUCUUGUAACCCCUCCGUCACUUCCUGCCAGUCAGAUUCUGAUUCCAUGGCCAGACCAGGACCGCAUUCAGAUGUGUACUCGCUUGGCCUUCUCAUCUGUGCCAUUUAUCUCUACGGUCGGCCGGCUGAGAAUUCGGCUGAGGCUUCCGGCACCAGCAGCUCAACUGAGUCCUGUUUGCCAGGACUGGGAGAUGGUAACCGGUCCAAACAAACGACCGCAAUACAAGAGGUAUAA